CCACCUCCCUCUUCCCUGCCCUUAUUUAAGGACCUCACCCUUCAAAACCAGAUCACUUACAAGCAUCAACUCAUGGCAGAUUCUUCUUCUGCUUCAUACAUACAUAUGGUGCAACACUUGAUCGAGAAGUGUUUAAUCUUUCGCAUGACCAAAGAAGAGUGUAUGGACGCUCUCUCCAAACAUGCGAAUAUUUCACCCGUCAUCACGUCAACAGUGUGGACCGAGUUAGAGAAGGAAAACAAGGAAUUCUUCGAGGCGUAUGCAAAAACUCAAAGCAAUAAGGAUAGCAUGUCGGAAGAAGAGACGAACCAAAUGAUCCAAAGGAUGAUCUUGGAUUCCUCUAAAGGGGACCCUAAAAACUAAGCCUAACAAUCCAACAAAAUCCACAUAGAGAAUAUGUUUGAGGUCCCCAUUCAACAAUAUCAUACGGAAAUGAGCACGGAGGAUUUCAUUUGGCCCCUUUGUUGGUGUAAAUUGUUGUGUUUUUUUUCUUAACCAAUCAUCUUUUGCCAUGUCAGCAUAUGUUUACGUGAAGAUAUUACGUGGAACAUACCCAUUGGAUGAUGGAUGUUGCUUAUCUCCACGUUCUAUGCAUAGUUCUUUCUUGUCUUCUUAUUAUUGUAAUCAAAGCAAUAAAGAAAGCACAUAUUGAUGUGGGGGACUACAUGGAAGUUGGCCUUUUCUUGGUCUAAGUCUUCACCUUUUUCUAUGCAAAAGGCGAUGUUUAUGGCUUUCUUUUCAUCACGGGUUCAUAAUCUAUACACCCAUUUACGUAUCUCA